AUGGACCUAGCCAUGAGCUGCCGGGCCCUCCAUAUCCUCUGCGACACAUACAAGAAGCAGAUCAUGGCCGCGAUCAGGGACAACAUGGUGGCGCCGUUCUACGAGUACUACUCCUUCCUCGGCAGCAUGUGCAUCCCCGAGUCGAAGAUCAAGCCAUGGGCGGAUAUGGCGCCAGAGGAGCGCGCAGCGCCUCCCGGCAAGUCCGACUUCGCCGUCGACGUCGUGCGGCACCUGCCGCGCGUCGCGGAAUGGUUUAACGGCGCCAUCGUCCCCACCGACGACGUCGACUGCCCCCUCAAGGAGGACGUGUGCGGCGGCGGCGGCGGGGGCCCGUUCUGCGUCGACCCCUGGGGCGCGAGCCCCGAGUCCGGCCCGUCUGGGAGGCACUGGGUGGCCGUUGCUAGGACACACCACAUGCGGGUCUGCUGCGACCUGCUCUUGGACACGAGUACGGGGAUGCUGUCGCAGGGAAGGAGCGCCUUUGGGCGGCGGCUCGAGGUCGAGGCACGCCCUGUGCGCGAGUGCCUCGCGCUCAGGAUGAGGUGGUGUAGGGAGCUCAGGCUGGUCCUCGUCCCGGGGGUUAAUGUCUUCCACCUGGACAAAGGCGGCGGAGGAGAGGAGGGGGCUGCGUCCUUGGAUGCCGCGGCCUUGGAGGAGGUCGGGGCGCCGGUUUGUCCUGAUAUGCAGUUUGACCUGGCUCACGAGGUUGAUAGAAAAUGGGUUCGGCACCUGUACAGGAAGUUUGGCUGGCCCGGCGGAGACUGGGACAAGGAGGAGGGCCUGGAAGCUAUUGAGGAGUACAGGGAAAGAAGGACCGCGGAAUUUGAUGAAAGGAUGGCUGAAUUACGGAGGAGGAGAGAUGAAACGCUGCGGCGACUCGGCCCUGUGGUAGGGACGCUGCAUGGCUUCUAA